AUGGCUGCACAACAACAAGAACUAGAUGAGAAGAACCCAUUCUAUGAGUUAGUUGUUAUUUGUUGUAGUACUUCUGGUCAAUUCGACCAAACCGUAAAUUCGUUCAAAGAUAUUAUAAAGAAGUCUAAGUUAGUAUGUAUAAAAGACUCUGAGUUGUUAGAUUGGAUAAAGAAGUACCAAAGAAGAGUUUUGAAGUACAAUGCUAUAAAUGAGUAUGUCAAUUCUAAGUUUAAAGACCCAAAUGAGGAAAUGCAGAGAAUAUUAGAGAAGAAACACUUCAGAAACAAACAGAAAGAGAUAGAAUACAUUUCGAAGAAAUUGCAAUCUUACGAUUGGAAGACUUACCCUCACAGAUGUCUUCUUAUCUUAGAUGACUUUGCUUCUCAUCCUUUGUUAAAGAACAGAGAACAAGACAUGUGUCGAAUUCUUAAGAAGCUCAGACACUUUAACAUCUCAGUUGUCAUUUGUGUACAGACAGCAAAGAGUUUAAGUAAGGAUGUAAAGAGAAUACUUACUGACAUUGUACUUUUCCCCGGAUUGUCCGAAGACGAUUUCAUGGAACUUAUGAAAGAGUCCAUGGCAGGUAAGUUUGACAGACAUGAACUCUGGGAGAAGUACAAAGUCAUACAAGACCCUCAUACUUCUUUCAGAAUUCAUAUCUACGCAAACAAAGUUCAAAUUGUAAAAAGUCAAGCUUGA